UGCUGCCCUGAAUAACGCGACCAAUGGGAGUCGUCCAAGGGCGGGGCUUGAGUGUUUACUGUCUUAUUGACUGUUUAGUCGUUGAGUAUGUUGACAAGAUGGAGUUCUUGCUGGGAAACCCGUAUAGUACUCCGGUGGGACAGUGCAUUGAAAGGGCCACAGAUGGCUCACUUCAAAGUGAAGACUGGUCCUUGAAUAUGGAAAUAUGUGACAUAAUCAAUGAAACAGAGGAUGGGCCUAAGGAUGCUAUAAGAGCUGUAAAGAAGAGGCUUAAUGGGAAUAAAAACUACAGGGAGGUGAUGCUUACGUUGAUGGUUCUUGAGACAUGUGUAAAGAACUGUGGGUACCGGUUCCAUGCGCUCGUCACCACCCGGGACUUCAUUGAUGGCGUUUUGGUGAAAAUCAUAUCUCCUAAAAAUAACCCACCUGCCAUAGUGCAGGACAAAGUACUAGCUUUGAUACAGGCAUGGGCAGAUGCUUUCAGGAGUAGUCCAGAUUUGACUGGAGUAGUCCACGUCUAUGAAGAAAUGAAGAGGAAGGGUAUAGAGUUUCCUCGAUCUGAAUUGGAGACCUUGUCCCCCAUUCACACACCACAACGGCAGCAAAGUGCUCCAGAGUUGGACCAGCAGAAAUAUAACGCCCCAGUUCAGCCCAAGCCACAGCCUCACCCUGCCUCUGCUCCUCCUUUCUCUGCCCCUGUGACCCACACUUCCCCACAGAUGCCCAAUCUGCACAUGUCUGGGCCCAUCAACCCUUCCCCUGAACAGAUUUGCAAGCUGCGCAGUGAGCUUGACAUUGUGCGUGGGAACACGAAGGUGAUGUCGGAGAUGUUAACCGAGAUGGUUCCUGGUCAAGAGGAUCCAUCCGAUCAUGAGCUUCUGCAGGAGUUAAACAGAACGUGCAGGGCCAUGCAGCAGAGGAUAGUUGAGCUCAUCUCACGUGUAUCCAAUGAGGAAGUCACAGAGGAGCUCCUGCAUGUCAACGAUGACCUCAACAACAUCUUCCUACGAUAUGAGAGAUAUGAGAGAUUCCGAUCUGGCCGAACUGCUCAAGGCAUAAACAACGGGGUGGGUUGUGUCCUGAAUGAGGCCACAGAAGAUAACCUGAUAGAUCUGGGACCAGGGUCUCCUGCAGUGGUCAGCCCCAGGAUUAGUGCUACUCCUCCGUCCAGCUUGCCUCCCUCUGUGGCUCCGAUUCGCUCCGCCUCACCAGUCACUCUCUCCUCCAGACUGGCUGGUUUGGAUGUGGGUUCCAACAGUGUGAGUGGCACCUUGACUUCAUUGACUACUUGUCAACCCCAAGAUGACUUUGACACAUUUGCCCAGACCAGGACUGGCACCAUGCCUGAGAGGAAGAACGCACCAUUUGAAGACACGAAGGCUUCAAGUGGAGUGGCCCCGACUUUGGAUGUCAGACAACAACACACUGGGGCAGCUCUUGACCAGUCCUCUGUCAUGGAUGACAUUGAGGAGUGGCUCUGUACUGAUGUGAAAGGAGAUGAAGAAGAGGGUGUGACAAGUGACGAGUUUGACAAGUUUCUGGAGGAGAGAGCCAAAGCAUCAGAGAUUGUGCCCAAGCUGCCGACACCCCCGAGUGAUGAGCUUUCAGCUGCUGCCGGCGCUUCUGCAAAUGCGAGUAAAAAGGCAGGCAGGUCUGAGGACCCUGUCUUUGCCUUGUAGAUAAGUGUUAGAUCCUCUGCUCAUGCGGAAGUGAUGGGUCAGCCGCUUUGCAGAUUCAUGAGCGUCUCCUCUUUCUCUCCUGCUUCCUGCUUCUCCAGCACAAUCAACACUACCACAACUGAAGUGAUCAAAACUGUCUCAUGAUCUAGACAUUUUCAUAAUGGACAUUUUCAUACUCUACUUUUCAUUCCAUUCAAAAUACUGUAUAAGAUCCAUUCAUAACUCCCUUUAAAAGCAUACCGUUCCUUGUGGGUUCGAGAGUUCAGUGUCUAUUUUUUUAAAUUGAUAUUUGUGGUAUAAAGCAAGGAAGUUCUUGCAAUGUCUACUACCAGAUCCGGUCAUGUCUAACUUUGUGUUCCCUGUGGUUCUGCAUGCAACAGCUGGAUAAUCCAACUUCGCUUUCCUCAUUAAUUAUCUGUAAAGGGAGCUAAUAAUCGUUUUUUUCUUCUUCUUUCUUUUUUUAGUUUUAUUUACCUGUUGAUUUGCUUUAAAGGGAUGUUAUACAUAGGAUUAUUUAUGAAAUUUCCAAUUUAUACCUCUGACAAGGUGAAAGCUAAUGGUAGCGGUUCAGCUGGCAAUUUUAAGAUUGUGUCAUAUUAUCAGAAAUUAGUACCAGUUAUUAAAUAAGUUUUAAGCAUAGUCAUUAUUUAUUCAAAUUAAUUGCUUAAAAGUGACAGAAGUGACAUGUCUGUACCACAUCUCUAAUAUUUCACUGGAUACUUUUAAAUGCUAUUUUACUUGGCAAAACCAUUGCCUAUUAGAAAUGAUUAAUAGGAACAAAAAGUAUGUAUUUCAAUUGAAUUUGCACUGAAAGAAUUAUUUGCCUUUUGGCUGUGUUAAAAGAGCUUUUGUCCAAAUAUAAAAUUUAAGCUGUCGUUCAUUUCGACUCGUCUAUUACGAGGCCGAAAACAAAUGGAGUUUCCAGAGAACUGAUGGUGACUGCGAGGCAGUUUAAAUUGGAUUUUACAUUGCACGACUGCAGCACAAGUGGUGUCGAGCGUAAUGUUAUUAUUGAGAAUGUAAUGGAUCUGCCUUAAAGAAAUGGUUGUGGUCCACUUACGGUCAUUUAACGUCAUUUCAAAAUCAGAGAUUUGGUUUAGUGAGGUGAAGUGCUGAUGUAAUAUUUUCGUUUGAGUGCUGUUGGGUACAUACUGUUUUGAUGGACCAAAUGUUUAACCUUGGCAAAUAAUUUAAGUGUAAAGUCAGCUAACUUAAGACCUAUAUUGCUUUUAAUGUCCAGAGGAGUUUUAGUUGUGUUUGUGUUUGAUUAUAUUUGUUCAUAUAGGUGAGCACAAAUCAAAGGGACGGUGCACUUUUGCAUGGCUGAUUAUUUAUGAUUUUACACUACACACAAUAUGUAUUAUGAAGCCCAGAUCUAUUGAGUAACUAAGCUUUGGCCCUCUUGCACUCAUAAUUUCAGUUUGAAAACUGGGAUUUUGAGGAUCGCCGCCUUUGGCAGAAUUAUUGGGAGUUCAUUACGCUGUGUUUGUGGACUGGAGCUGUAAGGGAAACAGUUUAGGGAUCAGGUGUCGGUGAGAUUUAGUCUUGUUAGUUAGGUGUGCUUGAGAAGAUCUAAGAAGAAAUUCAAGGAUAGCUGUAGCAGGGAUGCAGCUCGAUUAUGCACAAGCAUUAAUAUUAAAAUAUUAUGGAUACUUCUGUUGAUAAUAGGAGAUUUGAGUGACACAGUUGAUUAGUUUCUUUCAUGAGAUCUGUAUCUCCUUCUACAUAACUAAUACGUACGCUAAAAUACACUCAAAUCUGACCUCCCAUGGAUGUUAACCAUUCCAUUUAAAUGCUGUGGUUACUGAUUUUGACACUAUCACUGAAAUGUUUCAUCCUGGAUAAAAAAUAAAUAAAAACAUGAUUAAGUGAAGUUAUUUAUCCAUUGAUCAGCAUCACCUUCAAUGAAUUUUUCAGCAAUUGUGCAAUUUCAUUACUUAAUGCUGCACUACAGUUUGAUUUAUUUAAAACAAGUUUUGGCUGUAAAUUAGUCUCUGUAAUGUACAGUUUGAGAAAGCAAAUUUUAUUUAUUUUUUUCUCAGAAGACAGUAUUGGUUACUGUAUAUUAGAAUGGAGGGACUGUAAAGAUUAUAAAUCAUAGAUUUGGAGUUUCCUUUUUUUUUUUUUUUUUUUUUUUUUAAUUGACUGACUUAUUGCAAUCAGACAAAAGUGAUGCCCAGUAUAUGGUCAGGUUAUGCCAAUGUCUUUUGUACCAUUGAGAGCAUUUCUUUAUAGGAACGGCACUUUUCUUCUCUUUGAUAUGUAUUUGGAGUUGUGUGUGUGUGCGUGUCUCUGUAUCUGUGUGAACAACAGCUCUUGAUAUACUGAUGUCUGCUGCAGACACCGUGUUUAUUCUGUAUUUACCAAGGGACAGGAAAGAGAGAAUCUAGCUUUCUAAAAGGACACAUCUCUACAAAGAGAAGUGUGACUGUGUGUGUGAGAGAGCGAGAGAGAGAGAGAGAGAGAGAGAGAGAAGGGCUGGAAUAAGUUGUACUCUUUAGCAGGUGAUCAUUUCUCUGGUCAAUCUUGGUUUUACAGAUUGUACUUGUGUUGGUCUGUGUGCUUACCUGUUGUUAUACCUCAAGCUGCUCUCUGUAUUGUUUGAUUCAUGCAUGUGUUGAACUCCAAUAAACUAUACCAAGAUGGUGAUCUGUUA